UUCAGCUCCGGAUUAAGAUACGAGUUUCGUAGAAAUUAAUUGUUUUUUAUAUUAAUGUUUUAAUUUAUUUUUAUGUAGCGGUAUUUUCAAACCUCAACUACGACUAUAGUCGAUACAUUGCUGACUUGACAUUUGGUCACGGAAGCUGUAGUAGAUCGGUUUGUGUGGAUUGUGGGGGUGUUGUCCCCUGUGGAGUACCGUGGAGGAACGUUAUAGAACGAGUCCAUAAGAGCUGCAGCGAAAUGUUGGAUGAUUGCCAGUUCAAUGGAAUUCGCUUUCGGUGUUGUGACGAAUUUUGCGUUGUCGAUUCGACGUCUGGGCCAUGUUUCUCUUUGAACGCUUUACAAAACAAGUGCAGUCAAACGGGUUUAUUUGUUCUUAAUAAGACUUCUGGACCUGGAAUGCUAUCAUUUCGUCUAUUGUCCGAUGCGCAGGUCAUUAUACAUAGCAGGGAGGAGUUAUCGUCUUUCGUGCCGCAGAAAUUCAAGUUCGACGUUAAAAUAAAUUUAGUGAAAUAUGCCAACAUAUUAUUCUCCAUGAAACAAAUACAAAUUGAAUCAAGUCUCGAUGAAGAAGAUAUCACAGUUAGAAAUUGUCGACGGGGUUUCGAAAUACCAGAGGAACCGCUGCACAGUUAUCCCGUGUAUUCUUACGGAUCGUGUAGCUUGGCUCGUCGUAUUUAUAAAACGUUCCAACGAUGUGGCUGUGUCCAUCCUAUUCAAGCUAAAUUUUAUAAAGACUUAUAUUGCAAUUAUACGGGACUUAACUGUUUGGUGGCGUACAAUGUACAAAGGACUAAGUUCGGCGUAAAGGAUGAUAAUGAACAAAACGACUGUCUACCCUCGUGUGAGGAGAGCCAUAUUAGUAUAAUAAAUUUUUCCAAAACACCGUAUAGUGGAGAAGAAAAUAAGGCAUCUUUGGUGAAUAUUAAAAUAUCGGAACUACCAACAUUGAAAUAUAAAAGAACGUUGAUGAGGACUAAGUUGGAUUUGGUUGUUACAGUUGGCGGCAUGUUGGGACUCUUCUUCAGCGCUUCUAUUUUGAGUUUAGUAGAAAUAAUAUAUCUUAUGUUUAGACCGUAACAUAAUGACAGUGUACUUAUACUUUGUGUUAUACACGAUUAUAUUCAAUAAAGUUAAAUAAUGAAUUGCCGUAA